UGAACGCGUGAACAGUGUGCGCGCCAGCCACUGACGGAGAGGAGCGAGAGAAUCGGUCUUCGCUCAGCAACGGCUCUCACAACUCGCAGAGAACAAGGGGGAAGCUGUCAGUUUCCUGAACCUGCUCAAAAUGAUUCCCAACAUCAUCUGUUUCCUCGGAUUGCUCGUCUGCGGCAGCCAAGCUGUCCUUCAAGUGUCCAUCUCGCUCAACAAGGUGGAGCUGAGUGUCGGCGAAUCCAAAUUCUUCACCUGCACAGCUAUCGGUGAGCCGGUGAGCCUGGACUGGUACAACCCGCAGGGAGAGCGCAUUGUGUCGUCCCAGCAUUUGGUCCUGCACACGGAGGGAGUGCGAUCCCGGCUCACCAUUUACAAUGCCAACGUGGAGGACGCCGGAAUCUACCGCUGCCAGGCCGCUGACGCCAACGGGCAGACCCAGGAGGCCACUGUGGUGCUGGAGAUAUACCAAAAGCUGACGUUUCGGGACGUGCAGUCGCCGCAGGAGUUCCGGCAGGGAGAAGUGGCGGAGGUGGUGUGUGAUGUCAUCAGUUCACCAGUGCCCGUGGUCUCCUGGUUCUACAACAACAUGGAGAUUACUGAGCAGCACUACAACAGAUUCCAGGUUCUCUCCAACAACAACCUGCAGAUCCACAAAGUGGUGAAGACAGACGAGGGCGUGUACCGUUGUGAGGCGCGCGUGGAGGCCAGGGGAGAGAUCGAUUUCAGAGACAUCGCCGUCAUCGUCAACGUUCCUCCGGUGCUGUCUGUACCUCAGCUGUCCUUCAACGCCACCGCUGACUACCAGGAGGCUGUGACCUUCACCUGCCGGGCCUACGGCUCGCCCGACCCUGAGCUCACCUGGCACAGGCGUGGGAAGCAGCUUGAGGAAUCGGAUCAGUACACUCUGAAGGGAAGGGGCACCAUGCUCACGGUCCGGAACAUCAGACAGGACGACGGGGGCUCCUAUUCCUGCAAGGCCAGCAACAAGGCAGGCGAGGCAGAGCAGGAGCUCUUCCUCAAGGUCUUUGUGCAGCCCCAGAUCACCCAGCUGCGGAACGUGACGGCGGUGGAGGGCAGCGCCGCCAUGAUCUCCUGCACGGCCGAGGGGGAGCCGCUCCCCGAGAUCUCCUGGAGGAGAGCCAGCGACGGGAAGAGCUUCGCUGACGGAGACAAGAGCUCAGACGGGCGGGUGGAGGUGCGGGGGCGUCACGGGAAGUCCAUGCUGACGGUCAGCGGGGUGAACCUGUCGGACUGGGGCCGGUUCGACUGCGAGGCCCUCAGCAGGAUCGGAGGCCAUCAGAAGAGCAUGUUCCUGGACAUCGAGUAUGCGCCCAAGUUCCAGAGCGAUCCCACCAUCUACUACUCGUGGGAAGGAAACCCGGUGAACAUCAGCUGUGAUGUGCUGGCAAACCCGCAGGCCUCCCUUCUCUGGAAGAGAGACAGACUGACCAUCUCCACCGAAGGACCGGGAAACGCCCGCGUCUACAACAUCGAAGGGCGGUCUCUCCUGGAGGUCACCCCGAUGUCCGAGAGAGACUUUGGGAAAUAUAACUGCACGGCGAGGAACAACAUUGGAAUAAGGUUCCAGGAGUUCAUCCUGGCUCAGGCAGACGUGCCCUCCAACCCCUACUCGGUCCGCCUCAGCUCCGUGUCUCAGCGGGUUGCCACGGUUACCUUCAUGAAGCCGGACUCUCACGGCGGGGUCCCCAUCGGUCACUACCUGGUCAAGUACAAGGACGUCGGCUCACAAGACUGGAGGGACGUCAAGUCUCACGGAGUCCAGACGAUUGUGCUGCUGACCAACCUGGAGCCCAACACGACGUACGAGGUGCGGGUGGCGGCCGUCAACGGGAAAGGGCAAGGCGAGUUCAGCCGCACGGAGACCUUCCAGACCCUGCCCAUCCGAGAACCGAGCCCCCCAGCAGUGCACGGGCAGAGGGGGGUGGGGAAGGCCUACAGACUGGGCCUGGUGAAGCAGGAUGAUGGCGGAAUGCCCAUCGUGGAGUACAUAAUCAAGUACAAGAUGCAGGAGAAAGAUGAACAGUGGAUGACGAAGCUGGUUCCUGGGAUGAACGACUUCGUGCUGCUGCAGCACCUGCAGUGGAACACACGCUACGAGGUGGAGAUCACCGCCAGGAACGUCAAGGGCCUCUCCGAACCCACGUACUUCCAGUUCUCCAUGCCCCAGAGACCGGACAUCACGGCAGACUCCCUGUUCAGCGGCCUGGGGCUGGGUGCGGUGGUGGGGCUGGGGCUGGCGGCUCUCCUGCUGGUGCUGGUGGCCGUGGACGUCGGCUGCUUCUUCCUCCGACAGUGCGGCCUCCUCAUGUGCAUCACCAAGAAGCUCUGUGGAAAGAAGAGCGCCACCAGCGGCAAGAGCAAAGACAUGGAGGAGGGCAAGGCCGCCUACCUGAACGAUGGGUCGAAGGAUCCCAUCGUUGAGAUGCGAGCGGAAGAGGAGAGAAUGACUAACCGUGAUGACGGGAGUCCGGUGAACGAGCCCAAUGAGACCACACCACUCACAGAACCAGAGAAGUUGCCACUGAAAGAGGAGAACGGCAAAGAGACUCUCAAGACUGACGCCAUCGAGAUCAAAGUCCACGGGGACAGCAGCAUCCUGUCUAAGGAGGAGGACAGCAAAGCGUAAUGGAGGUGGUCUCCAUCACCCAGAAACAUUCAGAGCGAGCUACCCUGAGACCAAAACCAAGAAAUACACAAGAAAAACAAAGAAGUUAUAAUCCUCCAUUAAUAAUCAGUAUGUUAGGGCACCAUGGAGGCGACUUGUAAAUAUGACUGGAGGAAGAUCACACCAAUAGUUUUGUGAUAAAUUGGUAAUGUUCUUUUUGGAAAAUGCCACCAGUUGAUGUCACCCGUUGAUCAGUGAUUUGUUUUUGUUGUUUAUCUUCUUUUUUAUGAGCCUUUGCUGUUGCUUCGGUGUUUUCUCCCCACAUGAAGAGACACUCCGGCCCAGAUCUGUGACCGGUUUGUGGAGGGCUUUUUACCCACAAACCACAGCAGAAGCCAACGUAGCGUGGAUGGAUACUCUCUAAAUGAACGCAAUGGUAUUUGCGUGUCUGAAGAUUGAGGAAUUUUUUUUGCCCCACUUGCUACUUGGCCUUCAACAGCAUAUUUUAUUGUGGGCAUUCUGACUGAGAUUGGUUUUGGGAGGGGGCAUUCUGAAAGAGGGGCCACAAGGUUUUGGGAGUGGGCAUUCUGACUGAGGGGCCCCGUGGUUUUGGGAGUGGAUUAAUACAAGUCGUACUCUGAUUUAGCAGGUGGUAAACAGCUUGAGACAUGACUGUGUGUCUUGUUUAAGAGGUUUCAUUUCAAACAAGAGU